UGAGGGGGAAAAAAAAUAAGGCGUCCCUCCCAGCUCUGUGGAAGGAAGCGGAAAUAAACGUCGCAAACCUUCUGCUAGUAGCUAGAUUUCAGCUCGUAGGACGGGGUGUAAGCGACACAAGACAUACAUCGUUUGUUGCCUCUCAAGAGGAAACACGGAGUGGAUAAUUAUACGAGAGGGGUUUGUUUGUGACGGUGGCAACAUCUAAAACGGAAUAUCUCGAGUGGUACCCUACUGUGACCUUUAUGUGAGGUCAAAGCCCUAAAGAAACGGGUCAUAGACGGGAGGAGAGACUCGGAGAAAAGCAUCUGGCCACAGAAGCCUGGAUAAGUGUUUUUAUUUUUUAUUCAGUCCCCGAAACACAACUACAGCUAAGCAGUUUUCCAGCACCCAACAAGGACCAUGGAGGCCAUUGCCAAAUACGAUUUCAAAGCCACUGCUGAUGAUGAGCUUAGUUUCAAGCGUGGAGAAGUCCUCAAGGUAUUAAAUGAAGAGUGUGAUCAGAACUGGUACAAGGCAGAGCUAAACGGAAAAGAUGGUUUCAUCCCCAAGAAUUACAUAGAGAUGAAAGCUCAUCCGUGGUUCUUCGGGAAGAUUCCUCGGGCCAAAGCAGAAGAGAUGCUAAACAAACAGAGGCACGACGGGGCCUUCCUCAUUAGAGAGAGCGAGAGUGCACCGGGGGACUUCUCUCUCUCUGUGAAGUUUGGAAAUGACGUCCAGCACUUCAAGGUUCUUCGUGACGGGGCUGGAAAGUAUUUCCUAUGGGUGGUGAAGUUUAACUCGCUCAACGAGCUGGUGGACUACCACCGCUCCACCUCAGUCUCCCGUAAUCAGCAAAUCUUUCUGCGAGACAUAGAGCAGGUCCCCCAGCAUCCCACAUAUGUGCAGGCGCUCUUUGACUUCGACCCCCAGGAGGAAGGAGAGCUGGGUUUCCGACGCGGCGACUUCAUCCAAGUCCUGGACAACUCUGACCCCAACUGGUGGAAAGGCGGUUGCCACGGCCAGACGGGCAUGUUCCCCCGCAACUACGUCACACCUGUCAAUCGGAACAUGUAAACAGUCAGACCAUGUAAACAACAACAACAACAACAACAACAACAGCAACCAUCACCAUUACCAUCAUCAUCAUCGUUCUUGAUCUCAUCAGCCCCCAUCCAAACCCCCCCAACCACCCCCUUCACCCCCUCUUGGCCAUCCCACGAUAACAGGAGCAGACAGGAAGAACGCAAACAACUGAAAGUGAGAGAGAGAGAUAAAACAGGAGUAGUGCUGUCGUAGGCGGCGCUGUGUGGGUGGCAGCUGAGCAAAAAUCAACUUUAACUUGCGCUGAGAAUGUUCACCUCCCCAGUGAAUGCCUCGGCGAGGACUGAACUGUCUUUGAGGGAAAUCUAAAUGCAGAGAAACUUAAGCGUAGUGCACCAACCGUGAAGAUAACCAAAUGAUUCUACCGCUAGAAGUCCCACAGCUGCUUCUGUCUUCUCCUUUAACUUCUUAACAUUCUGCCUUUUUUCUUUUGUGUUUUUUUUUUUUUUCUUUUUUUUUCUUUUUUUUUUCUUUGCCGCAUGUUGUUUUUAAUCACCUAAAUGAAAUGCCUACCGGUAAAUCCUAACUCUGUUUUAAAGAAAAAAAAGAGAAAAAUAUAAAAAAGAAGUGGUUUUAAAAAAAAUGUACAAAAAAAAGAAGAGAGAAAAAAAAACUGAUGCCAUCUACAGCAAGUUUCCAUGUGUAAGAUCAUUGGCACGUGAGCAUUGUACAUCAGCCAUCGGCUGUAUAAAUAAAUCAACUAUAGAGAGAAUCCAUUUUUUAAGAAUAUAUAUUAUAUAUUUGUAUGUGUUUGUCUGUUUUACCUCUCAUCACAAAUUGUAUUUUUUUUCCAUUUGUAAAUUAUGUUCAAUCUUUUGUUAGUCUGGAUAAGACCUAGUAGCUCUAGAAUGUGCUGAAUUGUCAGUCAAGUUUUUUUUUUCUUUUCUUUUUUUCUGAAUCUAUCUGAGGGCUCUCAGAUAAUAACAGCAUGAUAUUUAAGGGGUCAUAAAUUCCAUUUGAGAAGGUUUCUCUUGUCUAUAAUGCGAGAAAAGUAAAAGUUAGUUCUCUGAGAAGAAACUAAGCCUGUCAGGAAGCUAAUGUUGACCAGCAAGUAGAGCCAUGAAUGCUGCAAGAGCUGUUGUAUUACGAAGCCCUGUAUAAGGUCAGCCACCUUUUUUCAAAGCCAAUGUAUUUAUUGCAGCCAUUUUACUUGGGCAGUGAAUGUAGCUGACUGAGUCCGUAGACAUUAACAUGAGGGAAGCACGGUCGGAGAACUGAACUACACAACCACGCAAGGGAUUUUAAAAAGACAUGCUGAAUUAGUAAUGUUGUCGAUAUUCAUUCAUAAAGAGAGUGGUGUAUGAGGAUAUGUACAGGUAGUUAACAUGCAUAUUCAAACACAUUCAUUACAUGCAUGCAUACGCAGACGCUCUCCUCCUUUGUUAUACCUGCACGUAGCAAAGAGGCAGAGUUUGGAUAAUCACAUUGUGUAAUCACCAGUGCAGAUCUGCGGCUGGCACAGAUUAACAGUUCAGAAAACUGAGAGAUUGUCUUUUAUGCUAAAAGUUGAGAGAUCAGCUUUAAAUGAUGUAAAAGAUUUUUUUCUCCCCUUUCUUUUUUUUUUUUUCUUUUGUCCAAUGUGGCGUGUGGUCAAG